AAAAAACAUGUCAUUGCUUGAUCGUUCAUGGCAAGACGUUCAGCAUAAGACAUUUACGAAGUGGGUAAAUACAAAACUUUCUGCUCAUGAAUUACCACCAGCAGUUAGUCUUAAAACAGAUCUUUCAGAUGGAAUACGACUAAUAAAUUUGCUGGAAAUUAUUGGUGAUGAAACUCUUGGGAAAUACAACAAAAAUCCACGUUUACGUAUUCAAAAGGCAGAAAACGUGAAUAAGGCUCUGGAUUACAUAAAAUCUAAAGGAAUUCCUCUUACGAAUAUCGGGGCAGAAGAUAUUAUUGAUGGGAAUUUAAAACUAAUUCUUGGCUUACUUUGGACGCUUAUUUUAAGAUUUACAAUCGCAGACAUAAAUGAGGAAGGAUAUACAGCUAAGGAAGGAUUAUUGCUUUGGUGUCAAAGGCAGACAGCAGAAUAUGAAAAUGUAAAUAUAUGUGAUUUUACUACAAGUUGGACAGAUGGACUUUCUUUCUGUGCCUUGAUUCACAAACAUCGACCGGAUCUAUUAAAUUUCCAUGAAUUGGAUGCUAAAGACCAUCGAAAAAACAUUUCAAUGGCAUUCGAGAUAGCCUCUAAAUAUAUAGGAAUUCCACAAUUACUUGAUGUAGAAGAUAUUUGCGAUGUUAGCAAACCAGAUGAAAGAUCUGUUAUGACAUAUAUUGCUCAGUAUUUUCAUGCUUUCUCUACUUUAGAUAAAGUGGAAACAGCUGGGAGAAGAGUUGAAAAGUUCGCAAAAACAAUGCAAUCAGCAUCUAGCAUGCAAAAAGAAUAUGAGGAGAAAAUGAAAGAUUUAAUUAAUUCAAUAAUUAAGAUACAAACGUUGUGGGAUAUGUCAAGUUUUGAUGAUUCUUAUGCAGACGCAAAACAUCAAUCCUCAGAAUUUAAUGAAUAUAAAAAAACAUUAAAAAGAGAUUGGGUUAAACUAAAACAUGAUUUAGAAUCCUUAAUUCAUGAUAUUCAAACAAAACUUAGGACUUAUUGCUUAAGAAGUUAUAUUCCUCCAAAGGGUUUAGAAUUAAAUGAUUUAGACAUUGUCUGGAAAGGGCUUAUGAAAGCAGAGGUUCAAAGAUCAAAGCAAAUAAACGAUAAAAUUAAAGAAAUCAAAGAAAAACUCCGUCAAUCAUUUGCAGAAAGAGCAAACGACUUUUCAUUAAUGCUUAAUACAUUAUCUAUUGAAAUUAGUGGACUUAAAGGCGAUCUUGAAGAACAAUUAGAGCAGAUUAACCUUCUUAAAGAGCAUAUCAAGCCUCUUCGAAAUGAAUUACUGCAAUUAAAGCGUCUAGAAGAAGAAUGUAAAGAAGCAAAAAUUGAAGAAAAUGAUUAUACAAAUUUUUCAUAUGAUGAUUUAGAAUAUGAAUUAGAUCUAGCAUCAGAUUUAAUUCACAAAAAAUUACAGUUUAUUGAAAACCAAAUUAUAACUCGUCAAAAAACAAAUCUUACUUCAGCACAAAUGAAAGAAUUCGAUUCCGUCUUUAAACAUUUUGAUCGUUAUGGAAUCAAUGCAUUACAAGGAGAUGUAUUUACAGCAGCAUUGGCCGCUCUUGGUCUUGCUUAUGAUGAGCAAGAAAUGGAAGAUAUUAUCGCAAAAGCAAGCAAUGAAACUGGUGUUGUCACGUAUAAUCAAUUUAUCGAUUUUUUGGUCGAUGAAAUGGAAGACCAUGAUUCUCCAGAUCAAGUUCUUUUAGCAUUCAGAGAUGUGGCAGACGGAAAACCAUAUGUCACUGAAUUAGAUCUACGACAAUCUUUAAUUCCACCAACAGAAGUAGAAUAUCUUAUUUCUCAAAUGCCUGAACUACAAGAAAAUGAAACUGAAAUUGAUGAUGAAGAUCGCGGAUGCCCAAUCUUUGAUUAUUGCUCAUAUAUGGAAAAACUUCUCGAUUUAAACGAUGCAACUAUAAACAAUAAAAACAAUUGUUAAAAUUCAUACAUCAUUUAACACAAUUGCUAAUCUUAAAAAUACAUUCUUCU